AUGAAGGGCCUCUUGCUGUGCGCGCUCGCACUUGCCUUUGCUGCGGUUACCACCCACGCCCAGCUGCAGUCCUGCCCGACACGUUGCGGCAAGCAGGCCGACGGCAUGGAGUGCCCCAACAACCUCUGCUGCAGCAAGGAUGGGUACUGCGGCCUGGGCGUCGACUACUGCAGCACUGGCGCCGGCUGCCAGAGCGGCGCCUGCUAUGACAACAAGAUCUGCGGCGCGCAGGCCAAUGGCACACUGUGCCCUAACAACCACUGUUGUGGCUCGGGUGGUCGCUGCGGCCACGGUAGUGAAUACUGCAGCAAUGGCUGCCAGAACGGUCCUUGCUGGGCUAAUCUCAAGUGUGGCCACCUGGACAAUGGUAAGCUAUGCCCCAACAACCUCUGCUGCAGCCAGUAUGGUUACUGUGGCCUGGGACCGGAGUUCUGUGGUACUGGCUGCCAAAACGGCGCUUGCAGCACGGACAAGCCGUGUGGCAACAAGGCUAAUGGUGCAGCAUGCACCAACAACUAUUGUUGCAGCCUGUAUGGGUCUUGUGGGCUUGGCAAGGAUUACUGUGGUACGGGCUGGCAGAGCGGCGCAUGCAACUAGUGUUACUGUGGUACGCUCCUUCCUUCCUGGUUGACAUACUCAAGUGCGUGCUACCCCUGAAUUGUUGCCAUGGAAGUAUAAGUGUUGCAAUGAGAAAGUAUAAGCAUCGC